GUGCCAUUAAUUCACAUUUUUAGCCUAGUAUAAUAAACAUACAGAAACAGAUCUCAUCCCUGUGGAGGCAGUGGGAAGCUUUGAGUCCUUUGUCUCAACUUGUCUUCUAUCAGUCUGGACAAAGAAGUGAGGAGACAAGGGUAAGACAGCACUUCAGGCUUUUGCUUUUAAAAAAGGUAGAUCAGUAUGGUUUGGGUAUUUUGAAAAAGUCAGUAUGCAAGAAAAUCAAUUAGGCAUAUCAUUUAGUAUAAAAUAAAAAUGCUCAGUUAUUCUUGUAUGCUGUUUUCCAGCCUUCAGUAAUACUGAUGUACACAGCAGUUACUAUUCUGUGACCUUUGCAAAAGUUAUGGAACAGCAGAGGAAAAUAAAAAGAACUGAUUCAUAUAACAGAUACUCUGUAAAAUGUCCCUGACUUUAAAAAAAAUCCUUUGAAAAUGGCAUCCAGAAAUGAUUUAGUGAUACUUCAGAACACCUCUCUCUGCUACCUUUUUUGUGUGUUUUUUGCUGUAUCUGUAGUAUACAGUCAGCAAGCAUUUGUCUCACAAAAGGACAGCAGGGAGAACAAGGUGCCUGAACCACCCACUGAGAGCCAGCACGCCUUAGCCCACACCCAAACAAGUCUAGUCUUGCUGCAGCUUCAGCUUCAGUGAUGGUCAGCCCGUGCUGGCCGACACAGUUCCGGCUCAUGGUGCCAGCGGGAUUGGUCCAGAAGCUUCUCAGCAGUGUCGGCCAGUGCUGGCACUAGUGUCACCUGCCAACAGGUGGGACCUGUUGUGCCAGUGAUAAAUUGGAAGGUUGGUCUGUUGGCGCUUGCCUGCAGAGAUUGUGUUGCUUGCCCACUUCUACCUUUGCUUUUAGCUUAAGAUUUUGGCACCCUCUGCUCCUGAGGGAAAGACAUGGGGCUGAGGGUUUUUGGUGGCAUGACUCAUCUUACUGCAUUAUCCCCUCUUCUCUGGUGCUCAGUGCCAUCUCUGGUUUGGGCAGCCCAGCUUGAGGUCUGCUCCUGCUCAGAUGCAGACCCAGAACAUGGUCAUUUUUCUUGUCUCUCUCUCCAGGAAAUGAAAGGGUCUUGAAGCUUGUGUAUUAAGAGUGGGGGGAAAGACAGGUGUGAUCUGUGAGCUUUGUCCUACCUUGCUGGGAUGGCACAGGCGAAUGUUUCUCUUUGUGCCUCAUGCUGUUGUUAUACAGACACUUAAUGCAGCAAUGCAAUGGCCCACUGUCAUGAGGGGUACUUUUUCUCCCCUUCCUUAGACAUUCUAUCCUCUAGGGGUAGCUUCAUAGUGAACCUGAUGAGAGAAUCCAUCUGGCUGAAAAUACAUUUUAUUUUCUUUUAAAAUGCAAAAGGGUUAUUUUCAGUGAGAUAAAAACCCCUGUCAAGCUCACUGCAAGCUGCACAGAUGCUCAUACUGAUAGGGAGGGGCUGUUCUUGCCUUGCCUUCUAAAUUGUCAUUCAUCACAGCUUUAAGUAUUUGCUAGAUUCAAGCAACUGUGUAAUCUAGUUUGAGCUAUAUCACCAUAAAAUGGAGACAGACACUGUCCUCUGUUUCAGCAGGGUAUGGUGAGGAUGCAUAUGUGAAAGAUCAUGUGGAGUCAUUUAGGUAUUUAAAACAGAUCCAAAGUUGUUGAGGGAGCCCUAGAUUUUGUCCCUCUCCCAGCAUAAGGUCUGAAUUAAAUAUGCUUUUUUACAGAGGUCUUGCCACAUGUUUUUGUACUGUCUGAGGCUGCAUGUCCUGCAUUAGACCAGUGGGUUUUGUCAUAACAUGAUUGACUGACAACAGAUCUGCCCUGAACAGCUGAAUGCAUCUGAUACUAUCUAUUUUUUCAUGGGUGCAACCUGCCAGCAGAUAACCCCUUUAAAAACACUAGGGAUUGGAAAUAAUCCUUUGGGUAACAUGCAUCCUCAGCAACAUGCACAUGCACAAAAUCAGAGGCAGGGUUGGGUGGAGAAGGGACUGGGGAUGGAGAGGCUAUGGAGUAAAAGGAACAGGGGAAGGAGGAUCUGCGGCUGGAGAGCUCUCUUUCAAGGUGUGUCUCUAGGGUAAAUUCCCCUUAUGUCUUCCUGAUCCUGGGUUACUCACAGUGCUUCUAAAGCACAGGUUGUUUUUUUGCUUCUGCGGAUGUGACUGAAGAUACAGUGCCAGUUCUUCUUAUGUGUUGUACAAUUUAUGUGACUACAAAAAUAAAAAUUGAUGCUCCUUACUGCUUACUGUCUAUUUCUUCCUCUCAUGUCAGCUCUGAGCCGUCAUAAAAAGGUUACUUGUGCUGCAGCAGGGAUUUAAGAUCAAGGAUUUUAUUAGCUUGCAGGAAGGCUCUUCCUUCCUGUCUGCAUUCAAACCGGAUAAUUUCUCUUCUGUUAGCAGCAAGAUCAAGCCCUGAAAACCAAUGGAAAAAAAUUCCUUUGACCUAAAUGGUGCAAGGCCAAGCUUUUGGGCUCCUGCUUUUUGUGUCAAAUACUUAUACUGUCAUGGGAAGCAUAAGCAGCAGUAGCUUUCCUGCAUAGUAACAGAAGACUGUGCUUCUAAAAAUUCCUCUACAGAGUGUUUUUGCAGAGCCGCCUCCCCAGGGUUCUCCAUCUGUUUUCACACGGAGAUUAAUAACAAAUUGUUUGGCUAAUAAACUGCUCCCUGCUAUCUCUGAAAUUUGGCCAUUUCUUUUCCUUCCCUCCCAUGGACAGUUACUAGAUUCUUGUCUGCCCCUGUGCUCCCACAUGGGAGACAUCACUAAUAUUAGAUGCACAACAAUUGUCAUGCUUCAGCUCCACAGCAAGGCUUUUAAGGGGUGAAGAUCUCAGUGUAUGGCUGAAAGAGUUGGUCCUGUGGACAACUGUGUAGUGCUGAGGGCUGGCCUUGUUCUUACAAGACGUAAAGAAAAGGGAGAAAAAAUAAGCUUUGUGUACACUACCGUGAUUUCUGCAAGAGCCUGUUUUUCAGAACUACAGAGAAAAUAUUCCCAGAAAAAAAUGGGACUGAAGUGUGAACCUGUUUGAUUCACCAGCAUCCCUGUGGGAUGUGGGGCUGUUGGUCUUUCAAAGUGCUCUGUUCAGAAGGUUUGGACCAGGUGGCAGAGGGUGUCCCAGCUGUUCCAUUGGCAGAAACAAAUGAGAGAAGAAUAAACAUCUACUGUGAAAAGAUUGGAAGGGAUUUUUGUGAUCUUUCAACCUGACAGCUUCAUAAUACAAACCACAGGACUUGCCCACAUUAGCACCUCUUUUGGUCAAGUACUGGUGACCAAACUGCUGCCAAGAUACCCAGUCCAGAUUUGGAAGUUUCCAGUGAUGCGACAACUCUCCACAGCCCUCAGUGAUGUAUAUCAAGUGACUCCUACCCACUUUGUUAAAACACCUACCUUACAUCUGCCCUGUAUUUGUAUCUUUCAGCUUUUUACCUUGCUGCAUCCUCCUCUGCUGGAUCAGAGGGAUCUCCUUCACCAUGUUUCUGGUGUAGACUAACUUCAGAUUUUACCUCCUUGUGCCUUAAACAGAAUAAUCUGGGCUCCUUCACUUCCUUGUCCCAAGGGCUCUGACCCAGCCACAGCAAUGGCACUUCUUCGGGGCCCCCAUUGCCCAUUCCCUCCCCUCUUUCUCAGCUCAGGAGCAAGAGAGGAAGAAACUGAGCUGCCACCCCUUGAUAACUCUGCUGUUUCUUUCUAAUUCACAGUGGCAGUAGCUGCUGUAGUUGGGGGGUGGGAAUGUCAGACAUAGCAAAAUAACUAAAGGAUCAUAGGUGUCUUCUGGUCAUCAGCACCCCACCUGACUGGUGAGCACAAGAACUGGACACAGAUUUCCAGUGCCUAUGUCUGAUGGAUUCAAAAGUUACAUCACCUUGCUCCUCCUUGCAUAGUCAAGGUUGACAUAGUCCUUUACGCUUUGGCACCACACCGAGAACUGACGUUAGCUUAUCAUCUACUUUGAGUUUAACCAAGGUCACAGCUGGAUAAAGUUUAAGAAAGAAAACCACAAUGACAAAUCUUUGACUGUAGCUUUGUGUUAUUUUUAAAGGUUACUGGCAAGUCAUCCCCUUUUCAAGGCAGUAGGACUGAGUGUGGAACUACAGCCAGGAACUCUGGGAAUCUAAUCCCACAUCAGAUUCUGUGUCUCCAGACUUUUAGUAGAUCAUCCCAGAAGCGAUGCUUAUGGUUUCUCUGUGGCUCCAGGCCCGUUUCCUUCUCACCACCUCUGGGAGGGGAAUCUCACUAUUGUCUCAGGGGCUCAUUAGGCUUCAUUGAGUGAUUUUAGGAUUUCAUAGAUACAAAACAUGAAGUUUUAUUGCUGAUUCUCAGAGGAAAACAUUAGAGCUUAUUGUACCUCCUGGAUUAAUUUACUACAAAAAGUGAGUUUAUUCCACAGAAUAAAUUUAUUCACUUCCCCAUAAAGGCAUUUUUAAAAAACAUUGAAUGGAAGCUUACGUGAAUUCCAAUGGAUAUGAAGAGAUCUCGGAGUCCUGCCAAUGUUAACACAUUAAGAGCCAAAGCUUGUUACGGGAGUUAAAAGGGGGAAGUGGAAAGCAAAGCAUUCUUGUUUUUUCUCCAUUCUCUGUUGAGGUUGGGCUUUGGAAUGGGAGGAGAAUGCACAGGCAAUGAUCUUGAAUAAUCCAUGCUUAUUUGGUGCACCAGACUAGGGCAAUCAUCAUCAGUGCCCCUCUUUGUUCUUGCUUCCCAUCAUCAACAGUGAAUAUUUAUACUGAGUUGCUUCUAUGUAGUUCUAAAGUACAACUUGACACUGCAGUGAAGGGAGACUAUUUGCAUUAAAUUGUGUAUUUUACAGAGCUGUUUUCCAGUAUGUCUGCAAAUUUAGGCAUACAUUUUUGCAUGGCAGGUGUAAACUGAGAUGGCAAUCUGAACAGCCUGUUCCCAGCCAUUCUGCAGAGCUAGCCAAGAUAUUCCCUGUCUAGUGACUUAGAAGUAGUCCAACUUCUGAGGUAUGCUGAACCUUGAUUUUUUUUAAAUUCCAUUUCAUGUACCUUCUGAUCACCAGGGAAGAUUUAUUUUCUAUAAUGGAAAAAACAGUCUGAAUUGUUCAGUUCUUCAAAGCCAAAUAGAGCCAACUGGCCACAGUUUUAGGUGUUAAAGUGAUACAGUUAAAAGUUAUGUGCUUGUGUGUGUGAGUGUACAAUGCAUAAAUGAUUGAUCUAAAGUUCUGCAGAAAAUUUCAGAACAAACCAGCAAAAUCAUGUAUAUGUAGGAAGACCAGGACCAUACUGCCAAAUAUAAAAAUGCUCAACUUUUUUCUAGCAUCUCUUCAAUUAAAACAAUUUCCCCAGCAUUGUGUGGGCUAUAAAUUAUGAUAACUGUGCUUCUUAGUUUCCUGUUAAAGAGAUGACUCAGAUACAACUUAUUUAUUGGUCAUUUGCAUUACUUUAAAUGUUCAUGUGAAUGUUCAACAGAGCUCUUCAGAGUUGUUAAAAUGUUAAUGAGUGUACUCAGACUUGUACCUAAAUACUUCAUGAAUACUUGGCACAGUCAGUUUCUUAAAUGUUAUGAAAUAUCAGAACCAUUAAUCUUGCAUCUUUCACGUUCAUGGAGCAGGAAUGGUCUGCCUUGGUGCAUGUUUAAUUAUGUUUUUUACUUAGGCAGCUUUCCCAUAGCUAACAGUGUCACUUGAUAUUGUUGUUAAUUUUGCUGGAAUGAGGACUCAAAAACUGAGCCUUUAUAUUUGUUACAAAGAUUUGUGAAGACUUGGGGUUUUUUCCCUGCACAGUCAGAAGACUUUGCUGUGGUUUCCAAUUCUCUCCCUCCCAGUGAAGUCAUCUUAAUAAUAAUUUUGCUUUAAAUUCACUGUAUAUAGUGUAUUUUUCAGGUUUGGCAGCACUACAUAAUGCUAAAUUGGUAAGGUUUGAAGCAUCAUUCAUUUUUACAUCAUUAGAUUACUUUUAUAUCCUUGAAAUGGGCAGUAAAUCAGAGGACACUCAAAAUGAGAAAGACUGGCACCAAUAUAGAUGUUGUAAUGCAGGAUGAGCACAGUGCUCCUGCCGCAGUUGUCUCUCAUCUAGGCCAGCCCCUUAAAUCAGUCAACUUAUUUUUCAUCUGUGAUUUCAUUUCUUCAUUCUCAUGCAUGUGGGCCAAAACUGUUGUCUUCUGUUUGCUUUCAGCAUUACAGAGGAAUGUUAAAUUCACCUAAUAAGCUGUUCUUGUUUAAUCUCUGCUUAUAAAUGCUAAUACUCUUUCCUUUUCCAGUAGCUUUGGUUUGUUAUAUUUAAAAUUGGAACCUGAGAAUCAGGAUUAGGUGAUAUUAUGAAAUAUGUAUCCAUGUAAUAAAAUUGAUGUUCAGGACAGUAAUAGGAUCUUCAGAUGACAUUUAAACCAGUUGGAAGUAACCCUUUAUAGGAAAAUUCUGGCAAUUUUUUCAACUUGAUGAGAAAAAGUCACUUUUUCAGCCUUCUCUCUUGUUUUAGGCUGGGAAUGGAGUACAUAGUGUGGAUGUCAGCAGUGGGACAUUUUACCAAAACAAAGCAUCCAUGGGACCAUUGUCUAAUCAAUGACUUCUAAGUGCAGAAGCUGUUAGAUUGGAAAUAAAUGCUACAGGAUGCCAAGUGAAGUGCUUGAGAGCAGCAGUGGGAUGGAAGAGACCGUGCAAAAAGAGAGCAAGUCUGGAAGCCAGAGCCCUCACCGUGGCUCCAUGAGAAGGGCUGUGGCAACCACUGUCACCUUUGAUGGGGAAGCCACUAUGGACCGGAGGAAAAAGAAGAAGAAAGAGUCCCGUCCUGAGUCAAUAAUAGUCUAUCGGUCAGAGAAUGAGAAUAAGGUGGAAGAAGAACAGGCAGAUGAAGAAGGAGGGGAGAGGAGUUCUGAGGAAGGCUCCAAGUUUCUGGGUCAGUCCAUGGCAGAUGGUUCCUGGAACAUGCCUUUAGACAGCCGAUAUGUCACCUUGACUGGAACGAUCACCAGGGGGAAGAAGAAGGGUCAGAUGGUGGACAUCCAUGUCACACUAACAGACAAAGAACUGCAGGAACUGGCUAAGUCAAAGGAACCUCCUAAAGGGGACGUACCUGAGAAGAAGAAGAAAUGUGAUGUUGGGCUGGACAGAGGACCCCACAUCGUCCUCUGGACCAUCAUCUGCCUCCCCAUCAUUUUUGUAGUGUCCUUUGUGGUUUCAUUCUACUAUGGAACCAUUACCUGGUACAACAUCUUCUUGGUGUACAAUGAAGAGAGGACCUUCUGGCACAAAAUCACCUUUUGUCCCUUUUUGAUCAUCUUCUACCCAAUUAUAAUUAUGGUUCUGUCUUUUUCCCUAGGCCUGUACUCGGCUGUGGCCCAGGUAGCAUGGUCAUUUGGGUACUGGUGGCAUGCUGUCAGGGAUAUGGAAAAGGGCUUCUGUGGCUGGCUCUGCAGCAAGCUGGGUUUGGAAGAUUGUUCUCCGUACAGCAUUGUCGAGCUGCUAGAUUCUGACAAUCUCUCAGGUAGUCUCUCUGGCAAGAGCUCUGCGCAGGGGGUUGAGACCUCAGUAGUCUGAGCCUUUGUGCUGGCUGACUAUUUUGGUCAUAUGCGAGUGGUUUUCACCUAGAAAAUAACACACUGAUUUUUUUAUAUAUAUAUAUAUAUAUUUAAACACAAACUUAAUGAGUAAAAUAUUGGGCUGGGAGUGCUCUUUAAGUGUCACAGAAUGCAAGUGUGUUAGCUUCAUUUGGUCUGGGUGGGGAGGUGCAUUGCUGUCCAAGGAUUUGUCAUCUGUUUUAGCUAGUUACAGUUCUGGGAAUGGUAGAAAAUACAGGUAUGUGGGACUCAGGCUGUUUUUGAAGUGGCAAAUAUACAUGCUGAAAAGUCCACUUCUGUAAAGUUAAACUUCACUUUACAGGAACAGGACAUAACAGUGACCUGUUUACCUAGUGAAAAGAAGUCUCUACUCGGGGGAUAAACUUCAGGAGAUAGGAACCCAUUCAGAGGUGAAGGCUAAAUUGCAAAAUGUGUGAUGUUCCUGCAGUUUUCAUAGAAAGGGUCCUUUUCCAGUCCUUCCGACAAGUACAGCAAACUUUCCAGGUAGGCUAACUGCUUAGACACUGUCAGAUUUUGACAAACAGACCACUGGAAUAGUUGCACUUGGCCUUUCACUGGGAGAGGACAGCAUAGCCACCAACAAAGGCACAUGAGCUCUACACUGACCUGAAACACACCCAUGACAUGAUGGAAGAGUAGGGCUUGCUCUGUAAUGCAGUGCAUGAGGACCUGAGAGGCCUGUCACCAAGCUCCCUCGGGUGACUGUAGGUGCACAGAUAGGUGCUUAGGACAUACCUGCAUUUGAUCUCUUAAUGGGUGCACUGCUAGGAAGGAGUGGGCUACGGGAGUCAUACACAGUAUGCAGUGCAAACAGUUGCAUUAUAGGGAAGAAACACCUGUUCUGAGGAAGGGUGAUCAUUUUACAUAUCACUGCAAUGCAGAUGUGGACCAGCAGCACCUGUAUUGAGGGAGGUGGAGUUGAAGGUGCUUGGGAUGGGAAAGCCUCACUGAAACAUUCUGGGUUUUAUGUUGCUCUUAUGGAAGAGCUGCUGGAUGUUCCCUUUCAGAAUGGGAGCGUCCCUGAGCCCCUCCUUGUCUGUUAGUGCCAGUGCAAACUGCAUGAGUGCCUCAGCUCUGGAAAUCUGUGUCCCACACACACGUUCUGGUUAAUUAUAUGGAAGAGCAAUGGAUUAUACAUUCUCCUCCCCUCAUGUCUCAUUUUCAUAAUUGGUUUCCCUUCUUUUCAGACUUUUGCAUGGCAUCUUAGUGGGCUCCCAGACCAGGCUGAGGUGGCCACCAUAGGCUGGAGAAAUUUUAAUUGUCACUUUGAAAAAAUGACUAGCAGAAAAGUUAUUUUUCUCGAUUAACUGUUGGUGUUUUGACCUAAGGAAGACAUGAGGUAAACGAGAGGUAUAACGGACUCUAAUGGGGACUGAAUUACUCGUCUGACACAUGAUUAAUUUUCUAAGUUCAGCUGGUGCUGCUGGAAAAUCUGGCUCAGCCCUAACGCAGAGGAGUGCACCAUUUGCAUGCCUAUAGGUAGAUAAUUUGUAGCAUGCAGUCAGUCAGGCUGCUUAGUCAUUCAUGUCUGUAUAGGUGUUUCACUUCCCCAGCCUCCCUACCAGAGGGGGAGCUGCUCUAGUUUUAGGAUGGUAAAGAGAAGCAUUCAGAAGCUGCAUUUCACAGGAACUAAUGCUUUGUGUUGCAUUUCAAGGAUGAGCUCAAGACAACACUGACUGUCCUGAUUAGGACAUCUGGAAACUGGUGAUGUAUAAACAAGUCUAUCUGAUCUUCUAGGCCUGACACUGAGAAAUAAGCAAAGUCCCUGCUGCUUCCUUAGUCUGUCCUCUUCUUGGAGGUCCAGCCAAAGCAGCUUUGUAGUGCUGGCUUGAGGAUUAACUGUGUGAAUAGCGUAGGAGCCAAAUAUCAAGAGCAGGCUUGGCCCCAUGCUUUACUGACAAAGCAGUGGUGCUCCCUGGGCACAGGUACAGCCAGGCUGCUUUUGCUGCUUCCUGAUGCACAGCUUUCAGAUUUUACUGGCUAAGUCUUUGAAGGCAAUGACCAAC